CGCAUCGGAUCCAGGUCAAGGUACGAUUUUUACCUUAUCUGGGGCAUGGUUCGAGGAAGAAGCAGUCUUUUCUAGGGCUCAGUUCGAUCAACGAUCUUAAGUCUGGAGAAGUGAAAUUGACAACAUUUCUGGUCUAAACUUAAAAGAUCUAGUUGUGGAAGAAGCCUUGUGAUUUGUGUCAAAGGCAUUUAGACUGCUGAGUUUAAAGAGGAGAUUUGCCCUAAAUGUUAUUUUUCUGGUAGAGAGCCUAGAGAAGUAUCAUUUAUUUGGAAAGAUUAUGGUUUGCAAAACAACUGUUACUAACUUAUAGACAGUAGAAAGCUGAAUACUUUGGCCUUGUCUGUCAGUUAUUCCACAAAUUCAGGAAGAGACUUUAGAACACAGACAAGUAGAUCGUACGAUAAAUAAAGCUGUCCUACAACAAGUUUGAGGACAAUGGCAGAUAAAACAGCUGAUCAAGUUCCAGUACUAAGUAUGGAAAAAUCAGACAAUAAUGAUGAUGUAAUAAUCAUAGAAAAAGAAAUUCAAAAUACUCAACAGAAAAAAGAUAAAGAAAAUGUUUCAAAAGUAACACCAAAAAAGUCAUCGGAGCCUAAACAGACCAAACAAGCCAAUAAAAAGAAGACAAAUAAAAAAGGUUCAUGCGGUCUGUCUAGUAGCUUAGAUGACGAAGUGGGUUUCCCCGCUGAUAUUAAAUUAGAAUCGACCAAUGACUGCAUGCCAGAUGAAGACAAAGACUUCAAAGUCUGCGUAGUUUGUGGAGAAAAAGCUAGUGGUUUUUACUUCGGGGCCUUAGUAUGCUUGCCCUGCAAAAGCUUUUAUAUUAGAUGUACAAAAGAUGGAGAGCCAACUUUUACUUGUCAGUGUAACGGGAACUGUGAUAUUGCCAAACAAGGAAGAAUCCGUUGCCAGUAUUGUCGCUAUCAACGUUGCCUCAUGGCGGGAAUGUGCCGCAAAGAAAAGCCAGAAACCGUCCAGCCAGCUGAAGGGCAAGUGUUAUGUAAAGUUUGUGGUGAUAUUGCCAAUGGAAUACAUUUUGGAGUGAACACAUGUGAAGGUUGCAAGAAAUUUUUCCGAAGAGGACUGGUGGAAAACCAGGGAUACAAUUGUAAGGGAGAGAAAUCAUGUCAGAUAAACCCAAGAAACAGAAAUAAUUGCCGUUAUUGUCGUUACCAGAAAUGUAUCAGCGCUGGAAUGUCGAGAGAAGCCAUCAAGAUGGGUCGGCCAAAAAAGUCAGAUGGAGAUUCUCCACAACAGUCCCCUUCACAUUCACCAUCAUUUAGUGAUCGUCGUAGUCCGGAGUUGUCUCCCCAAGGAUCUCCUAUCUCCGUCCAUACUUCACCACAGCUAUCACCUGUCAAUGAACCAUUGUUUCACAAAUAUAUGAUGGCUAACCAGCCUGUGAAGACCGAGACAACAUGUCCACCACCAAGUUGUCAGAUUCAGUCGGAGAUGACCAACAGCAGACCAGUUCUGUCCACAACAUCCUUCAUGAAUCUUAAAACAGAAGAACAGACUACGUAUAAUUGGGUAUCAUCUGCCCAAACCUCCUCCUGGCCUGUGUCUUCAAACACCAUCAUGUCAUCCCAAUGCCAGCCCGUCCAUGCCACGACGACCUCGCAUCAGCAGGACAAUCCAUUACUCAUAGAGGACGAUAUGGAUGACAUCCUUAAUUUCAUACAAAUGGACCAGGCCAGUCGAAGUCAGCCUCAACCUGUUUUCAGAGAUAGUAACUGUUUAUAUCAGACACCACAGUGUAGUAUGGGAAACACACCACUCAUGGUCAACACAUGCAACAACUUCCAACAGGCAUCAGACAAUUAUCAACAGAAUUCAGGACCAAAUUCACCAUACCAACCACAGUAUCCUCAGCCAAACCAAAGUGCAUACUACCCCAACUCCCACAGUCCACAGUAUUAUCAACAGCCUCAUUCCCCACAGACAAACUGUCAUAGUCCUCACAGUUACAGCACACCAUCUCCAGGAUCAUGCCACAGUCCACACAACUACAACACUCCUUCCCCAGGAUGUCACAGUCCAGAUACAUAUCAUCCAUCUAUGGCUGCCGAAUAUCCUCAACACGGUGGAUACACUAUGCCGUCCACACAAGGUCACACACAAUUCAAUCACGGAAACAACAUGUCACAUGAUAUGGUCCACAUUAACCCUGAUUCUCAACAUCAAAUCAAUCAAAUGUUUAUCAAAUGCAUCGGAUCAAUAAACGAAACACCAACUCCAAACAACGGAGCUUACGUCACAAGGGACCAACUUACAACGGAGGUAAUCAAUUGUACACUUAAUUCAUCCUCACCUUACAGAAACAAUGAUUGUUUAUAUAGUAGUAGUGAUGACAGUCACGAUUCAACGGAUUAUCCCGCAAGAAAUAAGAGGAAAAAUUACGACCAUUUUGAUCGGUCGUGUGGGUAUGGAAAUAAUACCAACACAUAUAUGCCACAAUCUUCAGACUUCACCUGUGAGAGUUACAGUUUACAAUCCACUCAGAGCUAUUGGAAACAGAAGUUUCCUUUCGAUCCAAUGAGCAGAAUGGCAGAAGAGGACCACGCCGUCAUUAAACACAUUCUGACUGCAUACUCCAAUAUGAGAGUUUUCUAUGACGAAUCAAGAGACUGGAAUUCUUCAAAACUGGAGGAACAUUGGCCAAAAAUGGGAAAAGAGAAGGCUCAUUGGCAGCACAUACAAGAACGUAUCAUCAGAAAUAACAAAGCUUAUGUAGACUUCUGUAUGCAAAUUCCAGGGUUUAUGCAGCUUGAUCAUGAAGACAAACAAGACCUUUGUCAGUUGGCCUCUUUCCAAGCUGCUCUAAUCUUGUGUUCAACAGAAUGGUAUAACAAGCAACAGAAGAAGUUCCAGAACUUUUGGAAUUUUACAGUGAGCCCUGAGAAUCCAAUGUAUUUGUUCAAACUACAUCUUUUACAGGCCGGAGAAGUCAUCAACAAGCUAGAACUUUCACCAGUAGAACUUUCCUUGACUUUAGCACUAAGCUGUUUCAGUGCAGAUUUGAUGUUCUUGAAAGAUCCAGAAUCAGUCGAAUCAGUCAGACGACACCUAAUCUACCUUCUCCAGCAACAUAUCGCUGAACAAGGUAUAAACCCUGAUGAAAGACUAGCUGCUAUUUUCAACAUCAUGCCGAUGACUAGACACAUAAGCAUGUGGCAUAAACAAUUAAUGAAGAAUAUGAGAGUCAACAUGGAGUUGGGGGCUGUGUCAAAACAGGUUGAGGGGAUUUCAAUUUAAAGAAAACCUCACUGAAUCUUUACACACAUUCCAAAUUCUUGUUUGUAAACUUAUGAGUUGUUUUGUUUUUGUUUUGUUUUUUUUUCCCUUACUAAUGUGCAAUUAUCACAACAAGGGGGACAACCCUAAUGAUACAUGGAAAACUAAUUUUUAUGUCCCAAUAACUGCCAUGUUGCUUGAAUUCAACGAAUAUUUUUGAUGACAAAGGCUCAAAUAUUGAGUAUUAUUUUAGGGAAUGUUAUUGUUUUAUUGUUAUAUUAAGUGACCUUUGCAUUUAAUGCUUAAUUUUAAAUCUAUAUAUGACCCACUUCACUUGGUUUUUGAGUGAAGUAAAAUUAUUUAGUCACAUGACAAAUCUCCGUUUUUUAACGAAGAGACUUCAUUAUAUCUUUUAUAUUUAUUGCACGAUUUGUUAUACAGAUGAAGUAUUUUUUUACUACAUGUUAUGACGGUGAAAGAAUAUUUUAUUUUUUGUUGUUUAUAUUGAAUUAUAUUUAUUUUUGUUUUUAUUUUGGGGACCAGGUUGUUUCUUUUUGGGUUCAAUUUCUCUAUUGGGUUAUUGAGGGUUUUCUUUUCUUUUCCUUUGGAAUUUUUAUUUUAAUUGAAAUUGAGGAAUAAAGGAAUUAUUUAAAUUAUUUAAAGGGAAAUUUAUAAAUACGUUUUAAGUUUUCUUUUUAAUUUUUAAUUUUUUGGGGGGAGGAGGGAAAAAGGAGGUUGAUAAAGAAUUGUAUUAUUAAAAUAUCAGAAACUGUUAAGAUUGAACCUUUUUCUUUUUAUUCUUUUGCUCCUUUAUUUUUAUCAUUUUCUGUCUUUACUUUUUUUCUUUUUAUUUCUCUUAACUAGACAAUCAAAUAUUAAUGAAAUGGGAAAUUUUAUUCAAUUUUGGUAGCUUUUCUAAAUUUGUUGUUUUUCUUGUGUGUCUUAAUGUUUCUGAUAUUUUUUUUUUUUUUUUAUUGUAUUCUUAAAUUACGAUUGAUUAUUGUUUAAAACAUAGAUAACAGCGCUAAUGUUUUCGUCCAUUAUUGAGAUGGAAGUACAAGAUAAUUGAAAUUGAAUGCUGAAAAUGCUCAAAUUACAAUUUUACCAUCCACACAGAAGAGAUUACUGCAAUUAUUGCUUGAAAUGGACAUUAUACAAAUAAAUUCAAAGUGUAUAUCAUCAUUUAGACAACAGUGAAAAAUUUUGUAUGUUUUUUUUUUUUGGUGAAAGAUUGAUUGUUUUAUAUUAAAAUUUUAUGAAUAUAAUGUUAAAUGGAAUAAAGCAUUGUUGAAGUAAAGUUAGAUAAAUUACAAUUAUAAAAGUUGAUUUGAAAAUUGACAAUAUCUUUAUGAAAAUUGAAUCGAGUCAAAAACAUCUUGACUUGGAAGAACAAAUAUACUGAUUUUAUUAGUAAAACAAACAAAGCUAAUAAAAAGAUCUAUAUUUUUGUCUUCAUAAGAGUUUGCCAAUAUCUUUUCAUAUUAGUAAUGGCACAUUCCCACUAUAUGUUGAUGAAAGAAAUCCAUGUUUUUAUAAAAAAUAUUUCAUUAUAACAUGUUUUGAUUUUGUUUAUACUUCUGUGAAAUGUGAAAUGUUGGCUUACUCUUAUAAAAUAAAUGACUUUUAUUAGAUGGAUACAAAGUUUAAAAACCCAAAAAUAAAUUAUGUUAAACUCGUCCUUUGGCCUCUGUAAGUAUGAUAUAUUUGGUUAAUAAUUCUUAGUAUCCACCUCAUCAAAAGUCAUUAAUUAUAUUAUUAUGUGGCUGAUGCACACUUAGUGCUAGAUGACAAAACUGUUCCCGUUAUAAAUUUAUACAAGACCAAUCCUGAAUUUUAGUCACAAGUUUUGUGGUGACAGGAAUUCAGAAUGAGAAUAUUUGGUUAUUUACAAUAAAAUUGGAAAAUACUGUGACUAUACUAGCUUAAUUGAGAAAAGAUGAGUUUUCAUAUUUUUUUAUUCCAGUUUUGAAGCUGAAUUUUUUUCCUUUGCUUUUUUCUGUCCAUACCCAAUUAGAGGCAGGAGGUGAUAAGGGAGAAAUAUCUUAACCGACUGAAUCAUUUUCAUUACACAUAUUGGUGUAACAGCUUUAAUUGUCUAUCCUGAACAAAUUAGUGAAGGGAGAUAACUAUUUUUCCAAGCUUAAAUUAUCUCCCUUACUCUACAUGGUUAAGGAGCCAAACCUUUUAAUUUACCAACAAAUUAUGUGAACAUGAUUGUGUUGCCUUUUGGGAAUAGUUUUGUCACUAGUUUUUAUAUAUAUAUUUUAUUGUUUUGUUUUUGCUCAUACUAUGUACAUUCCGUGUCAUAUAUCAUUUGUAACCGUCCAGUGUUGAACUCAGGACCCAUGUUGAAAGUGCUAACUGUAUAUAAAAUUAUCAUAUUCCAAAAAAAUUAGUACCAUACAUAGACUUAUAUCUCCCAACAUUUGUAUAUUAUUGAAUUAAUUGGCACUUUAGGGGGAUUAUCAACUGCAGCAAAUAAAUUUAGAUCUUCAUUCAGCAUAAUAAACAUUUUCUCUGCCUUUCAGAAUCUGUAAAACAAUUUCAUGGUUUUUUUUUAGUUAAAGACAAAAAAGUAUGGAUUUGUAGAAGAAAUCCUUGUAAAAUUACAUAUUAUGAAAGAAAAAAGGACGAAAAAAAUACACAUAUUUUUACUCAUUUCAUUUUUGUUAAAAGUUUCGUUACUCUAUUAUAUUUAUUACAAAUAAAUUGCUCAAUUCACAUAUCCAAUGGUUAUUACAUUUUUAUUGUUAUUAAAUUCAUCUGUGAUUAUGUUAAAUAUUGGCCUUGAAUUGUUACCAGUUUCCCCUACUGUUCGGACAGAAUCAAAUCAUAGAAUCCUGCUACAAACCAUUGUAAAAUAAACUUCUUUUUCCUAAAGGGGAGGGAUUUUAAUUCAGGGAGAUAACCCUUUAGAUCAGGGAAGUGUUUAUAAUAGUCAGUUUCAUCAAUGCUUUUAAGCAUUCAUGUGAAGCAGAAUUAAAAUAAUCUUUUUUAUUUAGAAGCUUAGUAUGUAUUUAUGAAAAUGGCUAACACAAACAUACCAGUGAUUUUUAAAGAGUUAUGGCCCUUUACUGAUGUCUUCCCUUAAAUUUCACUAGACUGUUACAUUGUCUAUACUUGUAACUAUGAAGAUGAUGCUAGAAAGGAAAUGAUUAAGAUAUCUAUAAAAGUACACAACAUAGACAAUCUUGCCUGUCAUUUUAUGGUCAAGAAUUGCCCAAUUUAAACUUAUGCAGGAAUGAAAUAUAGCAUCAUUUUCAGAUUCGUUUCUAAAUAAUAAUAUUUGUUUUUACAAUGGCACUUAUUCCAUGAGUUUUGUCUGUGUUUUUUGCAUUUACUCCAUGGUUUAAACAUUCCUAUAUUUUUCUUAAUUCAAUUUUUGUCAUCUUAUAUGUUAGUAAAAGCAUAAUGGUAAAAAAUAUGGAUGCUAAUGAAAAGGUUUAAAUUCCUCUUUUUUUAAGGUAUUAUCUAAAAUUUAUUUUCAACAAACUUACAAGUAUAUACUUAAUUCAUAUCCUAAAGCCAGUAAGGAUAAAUAUAAAAGACAAAAUUGACAAUUUUGAAUUUAUAAUAUUUGUAAUUUGAUGUAUUCACAAUCAUGUUCAAAACUUAAGUUUAAUAAUUAAUUUUGCAUGCAUGGGUCAAAUAGUUCCAAAAUUUUAUCUUUGAAAUGCACAGAAGUAUUAUUUUAUCAUGCAUGUUUUACAAUCAAACUCGUAAAAUUAAUUCUAAUGAGUGUUUAUUUAUGUAUGAAAAAUCAUUUAUUCACAUGUAUAUAUUUAUAUUUAUAUUUGUACUAUGACAUUGAAUUGUGACAUCUUGUAUAUUUCUCAUGUAUGUAAACAUAUACAUGUAUACAAAGUAUGUAUUGAAUUCUAAACAAAAACAUUUUCAAAAGAGGAAACACAGAUAAUUUAGUGAUAAAAAAAUGAUUUAGUGCAAAGCCAAUGAUCUAUGUUACUAUUAUAUAUUUCCUUGGUGCAAAGCAUACUAAAUAUUGUUUAUUGAUUAUUUGUUAAAAUUUCAAUUAUAAGUUUGACCCCCUGGUGGUCAAGGUCAACUUUUGAUCUUUAGAAUUCACAACAUACAUAUACGCUUGCUUGUGUAUACUGUACCACUGUAAAUAUCAUUGUAUUUGUCUUAGAGACAAAGUGGGUAUAUUACCCUCUUAAGUAGGUAGUUCCUGUAUGCCCUUCAUAUGCAUAUAUACAUAUAUAUAUAUAUAUACAGUAUCAGGCCCUACCCCAAUUUUUAGUCAACCAUUCAGAAAUGUUGACACUUGCUUGGCUUAUAUUUAGAAAUCACUUUACCCGUCCUUUGUUUUGUAUUACCGGUUAAUCCCAGUUGUGUCAAUAGCAAGCUAGAAAUUUCGUUUGUUUGAAUUGUUUUUUUUUUGGGGGGGGUAUUUUGUCUUUUAACUUGCAGAGGUGUGUCUGUCAAAGAAUAUUGGUCAUUUCACACAUACAUUAAAACAAUAUCAGAGGUAAACAUGUUUUAAAGGUAAAUUAUAUUCAAAGUCCUAUCAUUUUAUGGGUCUGGUAUGUAUUCUUACAUUCAGGGGGAAACAAACAGAAUUUGAUGUAUUUUAUAUUUUUAAUCAUCUGUUUAUCAAUUAGGCUAUAUCAAUAUAGAUGGCCUAUUCCAAAUUAAUAUUGUCAAUAUAUUUCUAUUUGGCUUUCAAUUGACAAGAAAUUGUAAAAAGUUGGAUUUUGGUUAUAAACAAUGAGUCUUUUAAUUUGAUGAAUUCAAGAUUUUAUUUGAAAUAUGGGUUAUACAAAAUAGUAUGGAUUUUUUUAAGAAGCGUUUAUGUAGAUGCUUAUUUCUUAUCUCAAUAGGUCUUUAUCAUGUAACAUUUGCUUGAAAAGUUGAAUCAGAUCAUCUGAAACUGCUUUAGAUUUGAAUACAGUCCCACUAGUGAUACAAAGGGAACAAUAGUGCCUCACAAUUUUCAUUAUUUAUUUUUUUAUUUUACUCAAUAUGAAACACUGACAAAAGAUUUAACUUACACACAUUCAGUAUCUUUAUAUAUUUAAAAGAUGAGAUAUACAUUUGUUAGUAGUGUACCUUUAGUUUACCAAGUCACCUAGGGAAGAAAAUUCGAUUUUUUUUUUUUAUUUAAAGGGAGACAAUUUAUUAUCUGCCUUUGGUUAAGGGUAGAUAACUGACUAGUACAACUUUAAAUUUUGAAGUCCACUUUAAAAAAAUAUUAAAUCUAUAAAACCUGAUAUAAUGAUGACUAUUUUUUUAUAAUUUGUUAAAUAUUAAUGUGAUAUUUUCUGAUGUUCUGACUCUCACAAUAUUGCUUGCUGUAGUAAAUUGUCAUGCAUCAUAAGUGAUUUUUUGCCUAGAAAGAAGAUGUGAUUGUAUUUUGAAGUUUGUUCUAAUACAGUUUUAUAGGCAGAA